UCCUCCUUCGCCGCCUCCUCGCGGUUCCGCGCCGUUCCGCGCCGCUCCGCUCCCCGCGUGCUGGCGGCGCAGCGCCCCGCGGCCGGCAGCGGCGGCCGCCCCGUCGGCUCCGCGGCGCGCCCGCGGAGGGGCGGCGCUGGGGGCGGUGGCUCGGCGGCGGCAACUUUUGGGAGCCGGCGGCGGCAGCGCGGAGGCUGCGCGGGGGAUGGCGGCGGCGCUGAGGCGGCGGCGUUGAGGCAGUGGCGGCGGCGCGAUGCCGGCGGCGGCCGGGGGGCUGCUGUGGUGGAGCUGCUGCGUGCUGGCGGCGGCGGCCGGGGCCCCGCGGACCGCCGCGGCGGCACAGGCAGUGUGUGCCGGCACCGAGAACAAGCUGAGCUCCCUCUCUGACCUGGAGCAGCAGUAUCGGGCCCUACGCAAGUACUAUGAGAACUGCGAGGUAGUGAUGGGCAACCUGGAAAUCACCAGCAUCGAGCACAACCGAGACCUCUCCUUCCUGCGGUCUAUCCGAGAAGUCACAGGCUAUGUUUUGGUGGCUUUGAAUCAAUUUGAAUAUCUGCCAUUGGAGAACCUGCGCAUUGUUCGUGGGACCAAACUCUACGAAGAGCGAUAUGCUUUGGCAAUAUUUCUUAACUACAGAAAGGAUGGUAACUUUGGACUCAGGGAACUUGGCUUGAAGAACUUGACGGAAAUACUGAAUGGAGGGGUGUAUGUUGGCCAGAACAAAUUUCUUUGCUUCGCAGACACCAUUCAUUGGCAGGAUAUCGUGCGUAACCCCUGGGCCUCCAACUUCACUUUGGUUCCAACAAAUGGCAGCUCAGGAUGUGGUCGAUGCCACAAGUCCUGCACAGGCCGAUGCUGGGGACCCACAGAGAAUCACUGCCAGACCUUAACCAAGACGGUGUGUGCCGAGCAGUGUGAUGGACGGUGCUACGGGCCCUAUGUCAGCGACUGCUGCCACCGGGAAUGUGCUGGAGGCUGUUCCGGACCUAAAGACACUGAUUGCUUUGCCUGUAUGAAUUUCAAUGACAGUGGUGCAUGUGUCACGCAGUGCCCCCAGACUUUUGUAUAUAAUCCUACCACCUUCCAACUGGAGCAUAAUCACAAUGCCAAGUACACCUAUGGGGCUUUUUGUGUCAAAAAAUGCCCACACAACUUUGUGGUAGAUUCCAGCUCUUGUGUCCGUGCAUGUCCAAGCUCCAAGAUGGAGGUUGAAGAAAAUGGUAUUAAGAUGUGCAAGCCCUGCACUGACAUUUGUCCUAAAGCGUGUGAUGGCAUUGGGACAGGCAGUUUAGUGUCAGCUCAGACAGUGGAUUCCAGCAACAUUGACAAGUUCAUAAACUGUACCAAGAUCAAUGGCAACCUUAUCUUCCUUGUUACUGGGAUUCAUGGAGACCCAUAUCACACAAUUGCCGCAAUCAAUCCAGAGAAAUUAAAUAUCUUCCAAACAGUGAGAGAGAUAACAGGGUAUUUGAACAUACAGUCAUGGCCUGAGAAUAUGACAGAUUUCAGGGUGUUUUCUAACUUGGUUACUAUCGGUGGAAGAGCUCUCUAUAGUGGCCUUUCGUUACUCAUUCUAAAGCAACAAGGCAUUACCUCUCUGCAGUUUCAGUCCUUGAAGCAAAUCAGUGCUGGCAACAUCUACAUAACAGACAACAGCAAUCUGUGCUACUACCACACUGUCAACUGGACCAGCCUCUUCAGCACACCCAGUCAAAAGACUGUGAUUCAUCGAAAUAAAAAGGCAGAGAACUGCACUGCCGAUGGGAUGGUGUGUAAUGAGCUGUGCUCAAGCGAUGGCUGUUGGGGGCCGGGGCCAGACCAGUGUCUCUCCUGCAAGCACUUCAUCAGGGGAAGGACCUGCAUUGACUCUUGUAACCUGUAUGAUGGGGAAUUUCGAGAAUUUGCAAAUGGUUCCGUUUGUGUGGAGUGUGAUCCCCAGUGUGAAAAGAUGGAAGAAAAUAUGAUCACGUGCUAUGGGCCGGGUCCUGACCACUGCACAAAGUGUUUCCAUUUUAAGGAUGGUCCAAAUUGUGUGGAAAAAUGUCCUGAUGGCUUACAGGGGGCCAACAGCUUCAUCUUCAAAUAUGCUGAUGAGGAUCGUGAGUGCCAUCCAUGUCAUCCGAACUGCACCCAAGGGUGUAGAGGUCCCGCUAGUCAUGACUGCAUUUACUAUCCAUGGACACGACAGUCCACUUUACCACAACAUGCUAGAACUCCUCUGAUUGCUGCGGGAGUUAUUGGUGGCCUCUUCAUCGUUGUCAUUGUGGGCCUGACGUUUGCUGUGUAUGUUCGGCGCAAAAGCAUUAAAAAGAAGAGAGCAUUGCGAAGAUUCCUGGAGACUGAGCUUGUGGAACCCUUGACUCCAAGUGGCACAGCACCCAACCAAGCACAGCUUCGCAUCCUGAAGGAAACUGAGCUGAAGAGAGUCAAGGUUCUUGGCUCUGGAGCCUUUGGAACUGUGUACAAGGGCAUUUGGGUCCCUGAAGGAGAAACUGUAAAGAUUCCUGUGGCCAUUAAGAUCCUUAAUGAGACCACUGGUCCAAAAGCCAAUGUGGAGUUUAUGGAUGAAGCUCUUAUCAUGGCCAGCAUGGACCAUCCACACCUGGUGAGACUCCUGGGAGUCUGCUUGAGCCCGACCAUCCAACUAGUCACUCAGCUGAUGCCUCAUGGCUGCCUGUUGGAUUAUGUUCAUGAACAUAAGGAUAAUAUUGGCUCCCAGCUUCUGCUAAACUGGUGUGUCCAAAUAGCUAAGGGAAUGAUGUACCUGGAAGAAAGGAGACUUGUGCACCGGGACUUGGCAGCCCGUAAUGUCCUGGUGAAGUCACCAAACCAUGUGAAGAUCACUGACUUUGGCUUGGCCAGACUUUUGGAAGGGGAUGAGAAGGAGUAUAAUGCUGAUGGAGGAAAGAUGCCAAUUAAGUGGAUGGCUCUGGAGUGCAUACACUACAGGAAAUUUACUCAUCAGAGUGAUGUUUGGAGCUAUGGAGUCACUAUCUGGGAGCUGAUGACCUUUGGUGGGAAGCCGUACGACGGAAUCCCAACCCGAGAGAUCCCUGACCUGUUAGAGAAGGGGGAGAGGUUGCCCCAACCUCCAAUCUGCACUAUUGAUGUUUAUAUGGUGAUGGUGAAGUGCUGGAUGAUUGAUGCUGACAGUCGGCCUAAAUUCAAGGAGCUGGCUGCUGAAUUCUCUAGAAUGGCUCGAGACCCUCAGAGAUACCUAGUAAUUCAGGGAGAUGAUCGUAUGAAGCUCCCAAGCCCAAAUGACAGCAAGUUCUUCCAAAACCUUCUUGAUGAGGAAGACCUGGAAGAUAUGAUGGAUGCUGAAGAGUAUCUUGUUCCUCAAGCCUUCAACAUCCCACCUCCCAUCUACACCUCGAGGACAAGAAUUGAUUCCAACAGGAGUGAAAUUGGACACAGCCCUCCUCCUGCCUACACCCCUAUGUCAGGAAACCAGUUUGUGUAUAGAGAUGGUGGCUACGCUGCAGAAGUGCCGAUGCCGUACAGAGCUCCUGGCUGCAUAAUACCUGAAGCCACAGUGGCUCAAGGGGCCACAGCAGAGAUCUUUGAAGACACUUGCUGUAAUGGCACACUACGAAAACAGGUGACAACGCUGGCAAAAGAGGACAGCAGCACCCAGAGGUACAGUGCUGAUCCCACCGUCUUCAUACCCGAGCGGGUUGUCCGGGGAGAGCUGGAUGAGGACGGCUACAUGACGCCAAUGCGAGACAAGCCUAAAACAGAUUACCUAAACCCAGUGGAAGAGAACCCAUUUGUUUCCCGACGAAAGAAUGGAGAUCUCCAAGCUGUGGACAACCCAGAAUAUCACAACGCUCCAAACGGGCAGCCCAAAGCAGAGGAUGAGUACGUGAAUGAGCCGUUGUACCUCAACACUUUUGCAAACACCUUGGAAAAUGCCGAAUACCUGAAGAACAAUUUGCCGGAGAAAGCCAAGAAGGCCUUCGACAACCCAGACUACUGGAAUCACAGCCUGCCCCCACGAAGCACCCUCCAGCACCCGGACUACCUGCAAGAGUACAGCACAAAAUACUUUUACAAACAGAAUGGACGGAUCCGGCCCAUUGUGGCAGAGAAUCCUGAAUACCUCUCCGAGUUCUCCCUGAAGCCUGGCACUGUGCUGCCCCCGCCGCCCUACAGACACCGGAAUACGGUGGUGUAGCGACCGCGGUCUUACAGAAGUGGAAAGGCAACCCCUUCUAGCUGCCUCGCUCUUUCUCUCUCUCCUUUUCUGUCUCUCCUCCCUCCCUCCCUUUCUUUCUCCCAUGAGCUUCCUCUUCUCGCCAGUUCACUCAUUUUUGAUAUUUCCAAGUGAAUGGAUGUCUUGGAGUCGUUUGCAGAUUGGGUUGGGAACCUAGAAAGAAGGAAGGAAAGAGACUGAAAGAAGGCAUGUACAACCUGGCGUUCCUCACUUUCCGCAGAUCCGGAGGGUCGGACAGUCAGAGAAGCUGGACAGCAGCAGGAGAGGCCAGUGGCAGUGUUGCCUGUGUUGGAGCGAGUUCUCAGUGAUUCAAGCCAGACGUGGUAGGGAAAGCCACAGAGAGGCUGUUUUCUUUCAGCAGGAACUGAUGAGAGUCUGUACAGCAUUCCUGGAAAUCUCAAUACAGUUUCCAUUAGGGUGAAAAAUGGACAAUUUUUAUAUCAUGUGUGAUAGCAUAGUAAUUGAGAUUGAGAAUCCAAUUUCUUUCUCUAACACUUUCUAUCCCAGCGACUUAAAAUGGCUAACCUGGCUUUUCAUAAUCGUUCAGAUCUUCAUUGUGGCUUUCCAAGAAAUGAUGAUGUGACUCUAAUACAUAGCUAAAGCCUUUCUCUGAGCCACACCAUGAUUUUGUGCCAAUUCCUAACCGCAGAGACUCCAGCUCAGAACUGGUACAUGACAUGACCAUUUUUGUAUAUGUGCCAACUUUAAACAAAAAAACCCUUUCAGAAAAGAGUAACAAAACCACACCUCCGAUAUGUUCUUUUUGAACCUACAAGGCCAAGAAACCAAGAUUUGUAUGCAAACAGCUUUGCUUUCCUGUUUUAUACCUGCUGAUUAUAGAUACAUAGGAAGACCCAAACAAAUUCUCCCCUCUUUUUCUUCUUCGUGAUCAUGAAGGGAGUUGGGGAUGCUGUCAGGCAACACUGAGGACAAGAUGGAGAACUGGAGAGCUUGAUAUGGGUCAUGAAGUCUACUGGUGUUCUGUGGGGUGGUGGUGGGAAGGGUCCUUUAAACUGGAAGACACACACUGGACUGGAGAAAAUGCACAUAGUGGUUCACUGGAAAGAUAGUUUGCACUUAAGCUCUGAUUUUAUUUGAACUAUUUUCUGGAUUUUGAAUGAAGCAAUAUGGAAGUGACCAGCAAAAUACAAAAUAAUAAUUUUAAAUUAAAAAAAAAAAAAUUAUAUGUAAAGGUUGACUGUGGAAAUGCCAAAAUGAAGCAAAUCAAGUCUUUGGAACAAUGUCUACCAGUUCUGAGAGGCCAUUGCAUUGACUGCUUCAGAGAAUACAGUGACAGAGCAACCAGCUCUUGCUGCUGCCGCGUGAAGGACAGCACAGCACAGCACAGAGCAAGCCCUGACAGGGAUCGGAGGAGACGAAUGUCUUGCUCUGGCUUGCAGCACAGGAUGGAAUACUUUUUUCUAAAAGGAAGAUUACUCUGGCACAGAAGAUGGUGCAUACGAGGUUGGAGAAGUCAAAAUGCGCAUGACUCACAGAAGCUUUCAGUCAAAAAUGUAAAUAAUUAUGAGUCAGUGUCCUUGCUCUUAGUUCUGCUUUCAUCAACCUCAGUUUUUAGGUAGACACCCCCACCCCACCCCCUGGCCUGCUCCUCUUUGGGAAUAUCUGUCAGCCAGAGUUCUGGACGUUUUUAGCAAUCUGAAGCAGAUGGAGCCGGGAAGGGCCAGAGACACUGAUUGUUUGCUCCUGAUGCGCCAAGACCCAUGUGUGUGAGAACAUUUGCAUACCUAGUUCUCACCAAAAAUCCUAAAGAACGACUAAGUACCUUUGAAGAUCUGCCUGUGUCUCUAUCCAUCACGGCUUUUAAACAGGAAGAAACACCACCCGAUGGAUGGCAAUCUUAGGUGAUACAACAGUAUUUCAGUUUAUGCGCUUCAGUACUGUUAAAGUUGAGAUAUUUGGGGUGAUGGCAAUGAAACCAGCAACCACCAGUGUUCUGGAAAUGGCAUCGAGCUCCUCCAGAACCCUGCCAUCUGAACAGCUUGCCACCUUUAAUCAUAGGGGAAUAAGGGAAGAAGUAAGAAACACAAGAUAGUCACCCAAAUCAUAGUAGCUGGGGGUCAGCCUGAUGAAGGUAUUAAGAGAUUUCAAACCUGGGUUGGGUGUUACACUUGUAGAUGGGGGCCAAAUUGUAUAUGAUGGCUAGGUCAAGGUUGGUUCAGCCAACAGCCUGUUUCUGCAUCAGCUGUGUUCAGGCCGGUGUGAACCAGCUGCAGGGUGGAUAUUAAACCUGUAAACCGAGUAUGUAGCUGAAGAGUCUGAAAACAGCAGGAACAAGUACAGAUCUUUGAAGGGUAUUACAAGAUGUCGGGUCAAGUGGUACCAGGGUGGUCUCUGGUGGCUGCACAAAGUGACCGGCAGACCUCUAAAGCGGGAAAGAUGGUUGCAAAAAUACCACACCUUGCCUAUUGCUGGUGCCGUCUGUAGCUCCUCGUGACCUUGGUAGGAGACAGAAGAGGACAUUGGGCAGGGGCUGGAGAUGCAGGGGUGGUGUGAGGCCCUGGAGAGCACACUUCAGGGAAGGUUUGCCAGCAGUAGUGCUCAUAGGGCAUCAUCUGAAGCACAGGUGAAGCUCUGCCAUGCUGGGAUGCAAUUGCCAAGCUGCCCAAGGACAACGACCGGCACGGGAUUGUGGCUGACCUGUUUCAGCACAUAAGCAGCUCAGGUUCUGUAGGUAGGUGGAGAAAGGGGUUGGUUUGUCCCCGAACAAGUCUCAUAUCAGAGUAACUCCUAAUGGAGAAAAAAUUAAAUCCUGGUACAGCUUAUGUGUUUGGAUUCACGGAGGUGCACUCAAAGGCUGCUGGGCAGAAGCACACACAGCUCCACCCGGGUGGGACAGGGCUGGGAUGUAGCUGCUGACGGAAGGCGAGGCCAGUUUGUUUCUCUGGUAAUUAAAAGUAGUACCAGUGUUGGAAACAAGCUCGUCGAAUAAUCAAAAUGUAAAUAAUUGUGCUUUUUAACAACUUAACACUUUAUUUCUUACAAAACUUGAAUUAUUUAUUCAUUUUGUUGACUGUGGGUGUGAUAAUAUAUAUUUAAGUAGCGUGUAAAUGCGGAGGUUCCUUGAAGCGAGGCAGCGUGAAGGCGGGAACAGAAGCUGCUUUGGGCUGGGCCGUGCUGGCUGUGUGGUGACUCGAGGGGGCAAACAAGGGGGUGAUGGACACAGUCGUGAUGGUGGAAAACUCAACAACUGCAGCCUCAUAAAUGUCUGGCUUUUUGUUUUGUCUGUUUGUGGGGUUUUUUUGUGUUUUGUUUGUUUGGUUUGAUUUUUAGGGGGAAGUGUUUGUUUGUUUUGUGGGGUUUUUUUGUUUUUCCCUGAGCUUCUGGUUUGUGUUGAAUUUGCUGAAAAUGGUCCUUACGUUUCCUGCGCUGCCAGCAGGUGACGUUUGUUCUGCCCGUGGUGCUGGGCACCUGGGUGACCGGUUCCUUAUACCCAGAAAGAAUCACGAUUGUGCGAACGCAGCCCGUAGAUGCGCGCGUUCCCUCUGGAAGCUUUGACAGGUUUUUGUCUCUUGGACAAAGUUUAACCACGGUUAAAGAAAAGAAAAAGCAAAACUAAGGGCAGAACUGUUCGGCAGCUUUAAUCUGAUCAGCAGAAAUACCUGGCUGGUCCUAACUCACGUGUUUGCCUCAGUGGGUGUCAGCUGCUGGCUUGGUGAAGGGAAGGUGGGCAAAUGUACACAGCAAAAUCAUGGCAGAUAUUCAACUGAUUAUGUUGUGAAAGAUGGGGGUCAGGCUUUUUAAUUAAUAGUCACAGGUUUGGGGAAAACAAACAAACCGGUAUUUCCACACAAACUGCAUUUCGUCAGCACAAAGCAAUAGGUGAGAACAUUAGCAGAAGUGUUUUGUUUGGCUGUAAUUAGUUCUCUGGUUCUUGUAUGGUAUCUGUACACAGCACUGUCAGGUUUUAUGGGUUUUAUGAUGCGUUCUCCUAUGUGUAAAAGUGUUCCUUUCCCUGUGCAACUGAAGAGCAGUGACUGACUUUCCUAGAGCAGAUACCUGAGCGUGCAUCAGCCGUUGUCCAAGGCAACGCACUGAAUGAAAGAGAACAACAGCUUAUUUUUUCCUAAUCUCUUUCAGUGACACUUGUCUUAGAUGUUAUUAUCUACCUGAGGGUUAUGUCACACAGAUGGGGAUGCUGGAUCCGAUUGACUUUCUGUAACAUAAUUGACUGAAACCAACUAUUCUUUCUUCAACUCUUUUCAAAUUUUUCUACAAAAUAGCCAGGAGAGAUUCUUACAUGGCUGCUCGCUCAGAUGCAGCAGAGUAUUUACAACUUGCCUUCAAACAGGUCAUCUCGCACAGGUAGCAAGCCAUGGAAAUAAAUCUGAGCAGGUAUCAGCAGUAGGAGCCACCACGUGGGUCUGUUUCAGCUACCUUAAGCUCAGCCCAGAAAUCCUUUGCACAGAGAAAGGUUGUGUUAACCCUGCUUUGUACCAGUCAUUUGGUAGAAAAUGCAUUUCUCGACCGCAGUACUUGUGUGGAAUGAUCUCUUUUCAUUUAUUUCUGGGGAUUGGAACUAAAUGAUCUUUAAAGUCCCCUCCGACCCAAACCAUUUUGUGAUUAAUGGGGAAAUACGUUUCCCUUGCUGUCCCGCGGCGGGCAGGCUGUGUGAAGGGUGCCGGAGCAGGGCAGCCUGUGCGCACACCACCGCGCGGUACCUGUUUGCACUGAAGAUUUGAGAGGGAAUUACAGGGGAGCGUGUCCACCGUGCCCAGCCUAGAAGCAAAGAAAAUGGCAACUCUGAAAGACCAGCUUGCCCCUGACUUUCUGUGGAUCCAUUCUUUCCAUUGCUAUAGGGCGAGCUGGGCAGGACAAUGGAAACAUGAGCUGUGAGGUAAGUCAGCCUAGAAAUACACCUUGAGGUUGGGGUUUUUUUGAGGAUGGAGCUAUAUGGGAAACUUAGGUAUUAAAUUGAAAAAUCUUUUUUUUUCUGAUAGGGGGUCUGUGUAGGUGUCCUGCAUCGUGGUGGCAGCUAAAGGCAUUAAGGGAUUAUUUGAGCUCCAUUGUACCACCUGCAAGAUGAGGCUUUGGCCCAACUCAGAAUUAGGCUGUUGGUCUUGUCAUUCCCCAGGGUAACCGAAGGUGUCCCAGUCAGCCUUGCUUCACCCUGGGCAGGUGUCUGUUCAUGGACAGGGUGGCAGCCCCUGCAGCACCUGUGUGCUCACACCCGCUGUCCCUUUGAGGGAGAGGAAACGGGAGUGACAGAAAUGCCGCAGGCAGGACUGAUGGCUGGGGCAUCGCUCACCUGUCGGCAUGGAUUUUUCCAUCACUUUGCACAACUGGAGUAUCAGGGCUUCCACCGCUAUUUCCCAGACGCAUUUCGGAACUGUUUGCUCAGGUAGGUAUUCACCUGCUUUGAAGGCCGUUUAGGUUGAGCGUGCAUGGUAGAGCAGAGGGGUUUUUUUUUGCCCGAACCAGAGCUGGGCUUCUGAUUUUCAGUCACGUCUUUGGCUCUUGCAGAGCACCUCAAAGGGGACAGUACCAUCUCCUCGAGUUCCCUUCGGCAGGUAGUUUUGAAAAGGUGGUGUUGCGGUUACAUGAAGACUGUGUGCAUGUUCAUUUUUUAGCUCUGACACUUGCAAUCUUCUCAUUCCUGUGUAUCUCAGACCUCUGCUGCUGACACAACAGCUCAUCUAUUGUUAUAUAAAACCUUUUAUUUGGGUUUAAUUGGUUUUUAGAAAACCAAGGCUGUGCAGGGUGGGUUUGAUUGGCUGCAAUAUUCACACUCCAUCACGUGCAAAGAGCUGCGGGUCGUCCCUCAUGGCAGCCUCUGUGCCGGGUUGCUGUGUUUGCAAGUUUCCCUCUCAUUUUUAUUUCCUGGCUCUUGCUAAGUGUUACACAGGUACAAAAGGUCGCUGUUGCAAAUGGGACUUUCAAAUUGGGAAAGAAAAACAGAAAUAAAGAUCUGUGGUUAGAAGUACCACUGUAAAACAUCUGAAAAAAAUCACAUCAUCUCCACCUUGGGUUUAAUUGUAUUUUAGCAGUGGGUAAUAUUCCUGUACUGUUGAGUGGAUUAUAAUGCUGUUAUGGUGGUAGGCUCAUUGCUCUUGGGGAAAUGACUGACAGGUCAUUUCAGGGGCAGCUGGUGGGUGUUCGGGUCUGACUGAUGGUGCCAGGACUUGCUUCAACUGCAGCCAGAGUUGCUUCCACCCAAGGCAUCUUCCAGCUGGGGUCUGUGCAGACAAGCCAGGAAAAGGUAUGAGGGGGAAGCCUAAGGACAUUGUCCCGAUUAGGAAAUGAGGACUCAGAGCUGGUUGGUUCGUUGGUUUGUUUUUUUCUUUUCUUAUUAUUUAAUUUUGAGAGAGAGCUUUGUGGACCUUGGUAGAGAGGGGUUUUAAGGGAGACCUGUAAGGUGUUACACAGGGUGAGUAAUUAUUUCCCAGUCCUUCUCCCCUCCCCAAUUAAAAAAGCCAUGAAAUUGUGUUCCAGAUGUGUUGUGGAUGAAACCACCAGGGCAAAGGUAUGUCCCGCAUAGCACCGUCUCACUGGUGGCUCGGGUGUGACCAGGGUGCCCAACAGCGCCCUUUGCCAGCACGUUUGGCGCCACCAGCCCCGUGCCCUGCCCAACCUUUGAGCCCUCCAAGGGAGAAAACACUGUAUUGUCCAUAGCACUCCGAAGACUAAACCCUUUUGGGAUAACCACAGUAAUAAACUGUGAAUGGUAUUUUAUAAGUAAGUGGAGAUAUGUAUGCCGUUCUUUUGAGGUAAGGUACUAUGACAUAUGUAGCAUAAACUGGUACUGCUGUUAAAUGGGUCGAUAAUUAACUGAGCAGCUGUGUAAGGGGUAGCUAACUUUGAAUGCACCAAACCACCCUUUCUUUGGAGACAGGGACUGAAGGGAGUUGCUGGGUACUUGUCAUUUUAUGGUGGGGUAUGUUAAGAGGAAAAUGCAGGUCAAUAAAAACGCAUCACUUUUUAUAACAUUUUAUUGUUGGAAAUUGGUACAUACUCAAUACAUUAUUCACUGUGGUUUUAAUAUCUUUUUUGCCCAGUUUUUGCAAUUUCCCCAAAAUCAUAAGCCAGAACUUCUAAAGCAGUAGCAGCCCUGCUGUACGGGGCGGAAAUUAAGGGGAAAAAGCAGUCUUUUUCUGAAAACAGAGAUAUCCAAAAUAUAUUUCCUGACCUGGCACUCUUGAACUAUUGACUUUUUCUUCCUGAUGAGGCUCAGACUCCCAGGCCCGGAGGAUGGCGUUACUGUCCCCUCACCAUCAAAAGCCGAACCCUGGCUGGGAGAUGACACAGGAGCAGCACUGAACUCCUGCGAGAUGCUCUGCAGCCAGGGAGGGGGGCGAGAUGGGGCCAGUCUGGGUUGUAGCCAACUCGCCUUGUUCUCAAAGUGCAAAGGAAAAAAACAACACCACCACCAACAAUAAUACUUCUGCCUUAAGAAGUAAGUACCUUCAGAAGAAGAGAAACAUCAGCAUGUUGGGGAAGAUGCUAAUUUCUUGCAAAGUGAUGCAUUCAGAGUUAGCUGCCUUUCUGAAAUUAAAAAAAAAAUACAAAAACUACUGUAUGUUACUUUGAAAAUGUGAAUAGUAUUUUUAUAGCUUGUUAAAGACACAGCUAGUUGCAUUUGUAAAUAAGGAUAAUGUUGCUUUUAUUUUCCUUGUGGACACCAUUAUUUGGAACAUAAUUGUCCUUAGAGUUGAUUUGUAUAUAGGUAAUUUGCUUGUGAUUUAAGCCGCUCCUCCCCUUUUCUUUCUCUUCCUUCCCACCCUCUGGUUUUGGUUAGAAGUACCAUUUUUGGCAUUCUGUGUGAUUCUGUGUUUUAGCACUAUUGUGGUGUGUUCAGACUUUCUGCACUUGCUUACACAGUAGGGUAUGCCAAUUGUAUGUGGUGUAAUGUUACUUUAACCUUUUGUUUCUCAUAUUUUAGCUAUCGAGAAUUAUGCACUGUUAAAAUACUCACCUGGGUUAAUAUUAGGUACAUAUUUUAGCAUAAUUUCCCUUCUUUUCAUGGUUUCUUGUUGUUUUUUUGUUUUGUUUUGUUUUCUUUCCUUCCCUCCCUUUUUGUCUUGUUUGGAGGCUGGGGAGAAACCUGUGGAUCUUCUCUCUGUGUGGUUAUAUUUCCUGCCCCCCCGCCCCAUGUGCAGUCCCGAGUUUCUCCUCACGGUCCUUGGGGUAGAGCUUUAUCUGUUUGUUAAGGCAAAUGUAGACUGUGACCCACCUUGCACCAACCCAUGCUCAUCCCAGCUGAACAAUUUGAAAACUGUUCUGCCUUUUUGUUACAUGAAUCUGUCAGAAAUAUAUUUUUAAUUUAAUAUAAAUGAAAUUCAAUAAAAUAUGAAAGAAA